AUGGAUGAAGAUCAGAAAUCCAAUGAAUACAGUGGCGAUGGCUCGGAAGAAAUACGAAGCACCGGUAAUCGAGAAGAGCAGCAACAAAGUCUGAGGAGGGUGUCAGAUCCUUCCACUGUCGAUGCAUCUGCCGAUAAUCGUCCAUUGCUCGGAGAAGUUGCCGUGGAUGGAAGCUUGGUAGUCUUGGCUCCAGCCGUUGUAAUUGGAGUCGUCGGUUUCAUUUGCAGUGUUUUCAUCGCUUUCAACUCGGGAGACGAAUUUGUUCUAAGUACGACUCAAAUUGAUGACACAGUGGGCCAGACAGAAGCAACAAUACAACCAAAUUCAGAUGAUACCUGUAGGGGAAUUUGCACACAAGAUCAAGAUGGACUGAGGAAUUUCAUGCAGUCUCUUCGCAAGUAG